AUGGCGGCAUGUCGUCUCGUACAAUUCCGGACAACCAUCUCAGCCUCCUCCCACACCCACCACCACUUCCUCCCGCCGAACCCUUAUCUCCUUCCUCUCAAUACGAAGCCCCGGAUUCCCAGGCUUCGUCUUUACCUUGUACACUCCCAAUCGCAAGCCCAAGCUCAGCCAAUCGUUCAAUCCGAGGAAAACAUCGCAGAAGAAGAUGUAUUUUCGAAGACGCGGCUGCUGGUCCAGAACGUCCCGUGGACGUCCACCGGAGACGAUAUCCGCCCGCUGUUCGAGAAAUACGGCACUGUUGUCGACAUUGAGCUUUCAAUGUAUAACAAAUCUAGAAACAGAGGCCUGGCUUUUGUAUCCAUGGCUUCGGAGGAAGAAGCAGCUGCUGCUUUAAGUAAUCUGGAAUCCACUGAAUUUGAGGGUAGAGUUUUGAAGCUUAAUUGGGCUAAACUGAAGAAAACGAAGGCUACGACUCCACCACAGGCCAAGCCAAUGCCAGUCCACAACUUGUUUGUGGCGAAUUUACCUUUCGGGGCGAGCUCGCAGGAGCUGAAGGAUUUCUUCAAUGCCAAUAAUGCGAAUGUUGUUUUUGCCGAGAUUAUAUACCACGAUAAUCCUAGACGGCCCGCUGGUUAUGGCUUUGUCUCGUUCAACUCUAAGGCCGAUGCUGAUGCUGCACUUAACGCUUUUCAAGGGAAGGAGUUUAUGGGGAGACCGAUUCGGGUGGCACGAAGCAAAAGAUUUUUGAGACAGGGGACAAAGAAUGCUUUUGAAUCCGAGAGAGAGGCUUUGAAGUCGUUUAUGCCAAACAAUAUAUGA